AUGGUGAGACAAAAUGUGGUCAUCAUUAAUAUAUCUAACAAACAAUUGGGGCAUUCUUCAAAAUCUCAGCUCCAAGUGGAAGCACAGAAACAGUGUAUGAAUACUCCUUCAUCAUCUGAUUCGAAUCUUCUUUCGAAUCAUGGACGGAAUCCUCUGUCCAAAGUCAGCAGUCUGCCUUCCGAUCACAUCCACGAAUUUACCUUCACACUCUCUUUGUCCCUUUCCAUAAAUCAUUCCGCUUGUUGUACUGUUAUUUGAACAUAUAUUUAUAUACAUAACACAACUUCAAUUCCUCACAAUCUCACAUCUUUCUUCCUCUCCUAGCUAGCUAGCCAUUCAUUACCAGCCAAAACCAUGCCAUUAAAGGUUCUUUCUGCGCUUGACGCCGCGAGAACCCAAUAUUAUCAUUUCAAGGCCAUAGUCAUCGCCGGCAUGGGUCUCUUCACGGACGCCUACGAUCUCUUCUGCAUCACUCCCAUAGUCCAAAUCCUCAGAGGCCUAUACUAUCCCAAUAAAGAAGAAAUCCCCACUCAAGUCACCUCCGCCUUGGUUGUCGUCGCCCUUGUAGGCACAGUUAUCGGUCAACUCGUAUUUGGCAUCCUUGGAGAUUACAAAGGGCGGCGCCGUGUAUAUGGAUUGUCGCUGAUGAUCAUGGUUCUUAGUUCUCUUGCGUGCGGGUUCUCCAUUUGCAGGACAAGACUUUGUGUCUUGUUGAGUCUGGGGUUCUUCCGGUUCUUGCUCGGGUUGGGUAUAGGCGGAGACUACCCGCCAUCGGCAACAAUCAUGUCGGAGUUUGCCAACAAGAGGACCCGUGGAGCGUUCAUAGCGGCAGUGUUUUCGAUGCAGGGGUUUGGGAUUUUGGCGAGCUCGGCUAUGACCAUGGUGAUUUGCUCCAUAUUUCAGAAGGGAUCGCAUGCGUCAAAAGAUUACACGCCGGACGCUGCCGACAUCUCGUGGCGGUUGAUUCUGAUGAUGGGCGGCGUUCCGGCCGCAUUGACUUAUUAUUGGCGGAUGUUGAUGCCGGAAACUGCUAGACAUCCGCUGUCUUAGUUUUGACCCAACAAAUAAAGAAAAUGUGUAAAUAACUUUAAUCUAUGCUUUUUUUUUUUUGAACAUACUUUAAUCUAUGCUUUUCUUUUUUAUUGUACAGAACUUUAAGCCAUGUUUAGUGAAAAUUGACCUCAAUUUUUUAAAAAUAUCUUUUUAUAAUUACUCGAAAUAUUAAAAUAUUAUAAUUAUG